ACUAUGUAUAGCGGUGAGGACGAGUACAUAAAUACUACAUAGUGACCUGAGUCUGGACCUGAGUGAUCCCUAAAAUGAAUCAUGAAUUCUGAAUUCAUGAUUAUGAACGACAUGAAGUCUCGAGUCUCGACUCUCAACUCAUCUCGGGAGUCUCUCGAGUCUCGCAGACGACGUAGAAAGACGAAAGUGCAGACAGCACAGUGCAGACAGCACAGUGCAGACAGCGCAGUGCAGACAGCACAGUGCAGACAGCACAGUGCAGACAGCACAGUGCAGACAGCACAGUGCAGACAGCACAGUGCAGACAGCACAGUGCAGACAGCACAGUGCAGACAGCACAGUGCAGACAGCACAGUGCAGACAGCACAGGACGACGACGACGACACGACACAGCACAGUGCAGACAGCACGGUGCAGACAGCACGGUGCAGACAGCACGGUGCAGACAGCACGGUGCAGACAGCACGGUGCAGACAGCACGGUGCAGACAGCACAGUGCAGACAGCACAGUGCAGACAGCACAGUGCAGACAGCACAGUGCAGACAGCACAGUGCAGACAGCACAGUGCAGACAGCACAGUGCAGACAGCACAGUGCAGACAGUACAGUGCAGACAGCACACGACUGUCCACUACACACAGUGCACAGUUGUACACAACAGUCAGCAGUUAGCAGUUCUGUACUCACUGUAGUGAUCAGUUGUCUGUAGUACUACACUCUCUCUUUCUGCUGCAGACAGCAAUUGCCAAUUCUGCACUCUGCAGCAGACACUCUCCCCCGAGUCCCCAGUGACUCCACUCUCCUGAGAGUAAACAGAAAGUCAGAGACAGUACAUCAGUCAUCAUAGUGACAAGCAGUGACACACUAACAAGU